AACAAGGAAUUUUUCUUUUUCGAUUUUCUGUAAUUUUCUCGGGAGAAAAUAAUUUUCUUUCCAGAUAUAGGAUUUACGCUCAUGGAGAUGGAGCGCGUGACGGAGUUUCCUCGUACGCAUAUGGAUCGGCGACCUAGAAAACGUCCGCGAUUGGGCUGGGACGUAACUCAGUUGCCGCCGCAGGCUCAGGUAGGAAUGUUUUGUGCACAAGAGAUUGGAAAUAUGACAACCGUUGCUUCUUCUACCGCAAAAGCACUCUCAGAUUGUUCUAGUACUGUUACUACUAGUUCUUCUGUAGUUCUAAAGGGUGGGGUGGCUCGAAAUGGUUCUCCCCCGUGGCGAGAAGAUGACAAGGAUGGACAUUACAUGUUUGAGCUUGGAGAUAAUUUAACCUCUCGCUAUAAGAUACAGAGUAAAAUGGGUGAAGGUACUUUUGGUCAGGUUUUAGAAUGCUGGGAUAGAGAGAGGAAGGAAAUGGUUGCCAUCAAAAUUGUUCGUGGUAUUAAGAAGUAUCAUGAAGCAGCCAUGAUAGAAAUUGAGAUGCUGCAACAGCUUGGGAAACAUGAUAAAGGUGGCAAUCGUUGUGUGCAAAUACGGAACUGGUUCGACUAUCGUAACCAUAUCUGUAUUGUUUUUGAGAAGCUUGGGCCAAGCUUAUAUGAUUUUCUACGGAAUAACAAUUAUCUCUCAUUUCCCAUGGAUCUUGUCCGUGAGAUUGGCAGACAACUAUUGGAAUGUGUAGCAUUCAUGCACAAUUUGCAUCUGAUACAUACAGACUUAAAGCCAGAAAACAUUCUUCUCGUCUCUCCGGAGUGUGUCAAAGUUCCUGAUUACAAGAGUACAUCAAGAUCUUCCAAAGGUAGUUCUUACUUUAAAAGAUUGCCAACAUCAAGUGCUAUUAAGGUAAUAGAUUUUGGUAGCACAACUUAUGAGCGUCAAGAUCAGACUUACAUUGUGUCUACGCGUCAUUAUCGUGCUCCAGAGGUGGUUCUUGGGCUGGGAUGGAGUUAUCCUUGUGACAUAUGGAGUGUUGGUUGCAUCUUGGUUGAAUUAUGCACGGGUGAGGCAUUGUUUCAAACUCAUGAGAAUCUAGAGCACCUUGCCAUGAUGGAACGAGUGUUAGGUCCACUACCUCAGCACAUGUUGAAGAGAGUAGAUCGACAUGCGGAGAAGUAUGUUAGAAGGGGUAGAUUGGAUUGGCCAGAUGGUGCUAACUCGAGGGAGAGUAUCAAAGCUGUUGUUAAGCUACCUCGUCUUCAGAACCUGAUAAUGCAGCAUGUGGACCACUCAGCUGGAGAUCUGAUUCAUUUGUUGCAAGGGUUGCUUAAGUAUGACCCUACCGACAGACUCACAGCUUGGGAAGCGCUAAGGCAUCCAUUUUUUAGAGGGGAUAAGUUUAGGCGAUGAAUGGUUGAAAAGGCAUCGCUUUUGUUUUGUUUGCCCUGUAAAUUUCAUAACAUGAGAUGCUUCUCAUCUAGCACCAUCUGUGUUAUCAACUUUCUGUGGUGCUAUGCUUAGCUACAACAGAUUAGGCAUUGAUGUCAUGUUUUUAUUUAAAUUUGUGGUUAAAUGGUACAUAUGUUCUACUUGGAUUUGAUAAGGUUAUGUUUUAACGUUAAUAGAGUGCA